GUACAAUUGGAAUACUUCAGAAUAUGUGGAAUAAUUGCAAUAUUAUCGAUAAACUGCAGCAAAUGGUAGCACACGAUUGUUAAUUUGAUGAAGACAUAAGAUUAAAGACAUAUUUGUUGUCUAACGUGGCAUAAGUAUAGUUACUGUUGGUAAAUUUAAUAUUGGAAAUAAGACAACAUAAUGUUAACAUCUGUAUCCACGGCACCAUCUACAUCUGUGGGCAGUUCUGGCUUACCAAGUCCAACCACUGACAUAUUUGAUGACAAUUCAAAUAGAGUAACAGUAUAUUUACAUCAACUCGCUGGAAAUUAUGAGAUGGAUGUUGAUGUAAUAUUCAAAGAUCAUUGUUAUGCCCGACCCUGGAAUUGGAAACCAGAAAACAUUUAUGUCAAACCUGUAAAAAAGUUAUUUUUCUCAAAAAACACUGCAACAAAUGAUAAACAUAGAAAGGAUGAAGAGAUUGAUGUGGAAGAUAAUGGCAGCGAACCGUUGAUACCACUCUUUGAUUUAACUAGAACUCGGCAUCUCAUGGACGAAUUUCAACGUUUAGCGAGUUUUGCGCGACCUGAAAAGGAGGAGGAUUGGGAGGAGGAUAUAAACAAAACUUUAUGGUCUUCAGUUCAAAAUCGGAUAUUCAGCAAAGUGACUCGGAUAUUGAGUUCGGAGAGACUUGCGAGAUUGGCCAAGGCUAAGAGCGCAAUGGAGCCCAUUUUUCGAAGAACGUCCGUGGAUAUCGCGGCGAGACGAUUUCGGGAAAUGUUAGCGUCGACUGGAUGGGAUUGGAGAUUGGCUCAAUGGCUGCACAAUCUAUUGUUCGAGCAUCUCCCUCAGGAAUAUUUGGCAAUCUAUCUCGAUAUCUUACAGACUCUGAGACUAAAGAUUCCUCAGCUAAUCGAUAAGAUGAUUGCCGUACAACCGAAUAUUAACGCUAGAGGAGGUUCCAUUACAUGGGAAACACUCGGAUCGCUCUUGAAACGAUCUUGGGAUCCGGUCGCGCCGAGUUUAAACGGAAGUCGACUCAAGAAACUGCCUGGAAAUCCGAUCUUGAUAAUAGUACCUUCCGGCAUCACAUCAACUGUUUCUUCUCGUCAACAUAAAUGGAUCACGCAGUUAGGAUCGUUAGGCAUGGUUGCUACUGUUCAUACUCAAAUGGGAUUGGCAGCUAACAGAAUGACCAUGAUGGUAUGCAUAGAUCAAUUAGUUCAGGCUACGAGAGCCAAGAUACAAGACGUUAAAAACGACUGUCCUGGUAGACCGAUCAUACUCGUAGGUUUCAAUACUGGUGCGGCACUUGCUUGUCAGAUUGCCCAAAUGGAACAUGUAACCGCUGUUAUCUGCAUCGGAUUUCCUUUCUCGACGGUCGAAGGAAAACGCGGUACGCCCGACGACAUGUUGAUGGACAUUCGCUGUCCCGUUAUGUUUAUUAUCGGACAAAACGCAACCCUCGUUAGGCCAGACGAUUUGGAGGAUCUAAGGGAGAAGAUGCUAGUGGAGACGAGUCUCGUGAUCGUAGGCACGGCCGACGAUUAUCUCAGAAUAUCUACGUCCAAGAAGGUACUGGAGGGUAUCACACAGAGCAUGGUAGAUAGAUGCAUACUGGAUGAAAUUGGCGACUUUAUUGGUAGCAUUUUGCUGCAACCUCAUCCGUUACCGUUGCGAUCCACGAUGCCUGUCUGCGAGAACAAGAAUAAAAAAGAUUCUCACAAACGAAGAAACUCGACGAGCAGUUCCGUGGAAAGCGAACCUAAUUCGCCGACUGUGAAAAAAUCUCGGCCGAACACGCCGGUAUCCUCCGCGCCGUCAGUUGCAACGAACGCGACGACAAAUUCACCUUCCAAAAUUGGUACCUUCAGUACUCAAUCUAACCUUGUGCAGAUGGGUGGACAACAAACAAAUCAUACCUCCACUCUGAAACGGAAGCGACCCACGACCAAUCAGAAAAAUCAAUUAACAGAACAUCUAAAGACUUCUAAGAUUCCUGGGCAGACAAAUAUUAAUGCGGAGAACGGCAUAACGCUCAAUAUAGGUACGCUAGCGAGUCUAGCCCCAAUAGGACCAAUACGUUUAGCACCUACUACAGUGAAUCAAUUCGCGACCACUCCCUCCAAAACAUCUAACACGACCAAAGCCGCGACCGCAACUGUCAAAGUACCGAAGAUCAUUUCGAAUGUGCCGUUGCAAAAUGUUUCGAAGAUGAAAACUAUAGUAUCCUCCAACAAGUCUUAUUCAAAUGUAAUGUCGAACAAUUAUAGACAAAUCAAUGUAGCUGACAAGAGUGGAGAUGCGAAAUUAGUGAACGUUUUCACUACGGGAAAUCAAAUUAGAGUUAAUACAGCUACCGGAGCGGGAAGUAGUAAACCUGCCUGUGCGACAACUGGCACGUUGUCCAAUCUUUUGCAAAGUGGAAAGAGCUCGAUCGCGCUCACGAGUGGUGCAUCUUCUGCCCGUGUAUCGUCAGCUUCCAGUAUUCUACUAACGACCACCAAUUCAUCGGCGAGUAACAUAACAUCGUCCACAACGACUCCUUCAAAAGCGAUGGAGGAGAUGGGAAUGAGCAGUGAGUCUCACUUAUUGGAGAUAUCUAAAUCGACACAUUUACCACGACAAGAAGCCGCAUCCAAUAAUACUGACAAUUCUCAUAAUACAUCGUGCGGUAACAUAGUCAUUGUCGAGAAUUCUCUUCACAACAGAAGCGCGCCCUCGUCAGUGAUAGUUCCGUUUAACAGCCAAAACUCUGGCAACAUUUUGCCUCUAUCCAACAAACUGAAGUUCUCUCACAAAUCGAUGAAGACGAUGCCGAAGAUCACGGUUAACGCCAACAAUUUACAGAGACUUCAAAAAGGGAAAGUCGUCCAAAGUAUUCAAAAGAAGAACAUAGUUACAAAUGAUAUAGAUGAUGAUCUGGGAAAUAUACUGGACAUACCGAUAAUAUUCGCCAAGGACGACGAUAAUUUAAACAACAUUAACAAGAUACCGAUGGUAACGCAAGCGACGCCGAUUAAGGAGUCUCAGGAGAGGCCCAAAUUAAGCAGCACCACCAAAGUGGUUCUAAUUAGCAAUAAGCAAGAUAAGCAGAUACCAAAUAAACCCGUUAUAUGUCCCAAUAUGCAAAAUUUAAAUCAGCUGAUACUACAGACGCGAUCCCAAAACAGUGGCCUCUCGAUGAAGAACAGAGUGCCGAUAGAAAAUCGACUGGUGCAACCUACUGUAAAGUAUACCAAGAUCAUUCUGGCGAAGAGAAGCUCGCAGCCUACUCAGCAGAACGAGAAAGGCGAACAACAUAUGAUUGCGACAAAGAUUGCGGAAAACGUAAAUGCACCUAAAAUCCUGACUUUCGAGAAAGACGAACACAGAUAUGUACAAGCACAACCUUCCAAAGUAUCGAUAAAUUAUGAUGAUUCUCUGACGGAAAAUGUACUCGAGAUCGAGGACGCUAUUAAGACCAAUAUCAUCGAACGCAAAUAUGUGUCUACAAUCAACUCGAUGUCACCGGUAACUCUCGAUGAUAACGACUGCGAUAUUUUGAACGACACGAAGCUGGAGCACGAGAAAGAAUACAAUUCGGAACAAUCUAUUUUCGACAAUGCUAACGAAAUACAAACAUAAAAUAUAUAAGUUUCAUAAGAUAUAUAUAUAUGACAUUAGUUCUUGAUAAUAUAUUGUGCAAUACGCGAGAAGGCAACUAGAAAAGAUAUUAUUUUAAAGGAUCGGUAUUAAUCCCGUGUGUGUGUGUGUGUGUAUGUAUGCGUGCAUGUAUUACUUAUAAUUAUUAAUAUAUACAUACAUACAUAUACAU